GACAUUGCAACAAAAUGAAACAAAUUUUUCAUUCCAUUUCUUUGAAAUCGAAAAUAGUCCGAUUUUCAGCUGAUCAUUCAGGUUAUUUGAAUAAUAUAUAAAGAAUCGACAAUCCAACGUAAAUCGUAGUCGGAAAUCGAGAUCGAACGUUAGUGUUGUGAUUAUUCAAGUUUCAAAAGAAAAUAAUCUUACCAAAAUGAGAACUUUCCACAUAAUAACUAUUAUUGCCUGCCUUGCCGGCCUACAAAUUAACGGUCAAUAUUUGAAACCUAAAAAAGGUGAAUUGUCUGCGGCAGCGAGCGGAUACUCAUCUCAAAACUAUGGAUACUUUGGACCAAGUGGUGGCAAUUCGAAUUACGGUUACAGUGGUAGAUUCGGAGGCUAUGGAAAGGGGCAAGGUUACGGCGGCGCGUCUAACUAUGGCAGUGACGGUGGAUAUGGAUAUGGAAACGGUCAAAGCCAUGGCGGAUCAGGCUUUGGCGGUAUAUUCAGUAACCGUGGCGGCAAAGGAAAAAAAUAUGGACACAAUAGCGGUUAUGGAGCGGGUUAUGGGCAAGGUUUCGACGAUUAUGACUUACUAGGUUCCACUCACCAAGGAUAUGGACAUAGUGGAGGCUAUGGAUCUGGUUAUGGACAUGGUCUCAAUGAUGAUGACUUACUAGGUUCUACUCGCAAAGGAUAUGGGCGCAGAGGUUAUGGACAAAGUAACAGAGGUUAUGGCUUGCUGGGUUCUACUCACGAGAGUGCUCCAGAAGAAGAAACUGAAGAACAGAGUUCUGGAUGUGGCGCUGGAUGUGUAGGAGCAAGUCAUAAUGGUAUUUUUCCCGCAUCGGCUAAUGGCUAUACUAAUGGAUGUGGAAGUGCAUGCGGUAACAAUGUCGGAACUCCUUAUGAAAAUAAUGAAAUUGCUCAUGGUGAUGAUUCCAACCAUUCUGAUGGUAACAGUGGACAUCGCUCGGCUCAAUCAGACGAAUCAGAUGAGUCGGAUGAAUCAGAUGAAUCGAACGAAUCAAACAACGUUGGUUCACCACCAUCGAAUAAGAACGAAAAUCCCAGUGAUGCUCGAAGUCAUGGUCACGUACACGCUCCAGGUCCGGCUUACACAUACUCCUAUCCAUCGGCUCCACCUCAUGUUAAGUGUGGACACAAUUUGCUGAUUAGUUGCAGUCCAUCAAGCCAAGUUGUACCGUGUUCAGCACACUCACCACCAGCUCAUGGUUCACCCUAUUAACACAAUGACCGUUUUACCAUAUUGUAUUGUACGGACAGAGCGAUAGAGCAUCCGCAACACUUCUUAUUUUAUGAAUAAAACCCAAACCAACAAUCAAAAA